CAACGAAAAGGAUUACAGCUGGGCUUUUACUGGCAGGAAGUGACGUAUGGCGGAUAUAACAUAGUCUGAAACUUCAUGGGUAGAAGAAUAUGUCAGAACUCUUUUUUCUUAACCAAUAGAAAAGAGUGGGCGGGGUUCUUGCAGUGGCGCGGAAUGUGCUUUGGCGCGAAAGUAUUGUUUUCGCGCGCUUUCGUCCUGCAGUGAGGUCUUUCUCCCUUGUGCUCUCGCAGUCCUCUUCUCUGUCCCAUCAUGUCCGGCUUCGACGAUCCCGGUAUCUUCUACAGCGACAGCUUCGGAGGAGAGCAGCAGACGGGGGAUGACGGGCAGGCUAAGAAGUCCCAGCUGAAAAAGCGCUUUAAAGAAUUCCUGCGGCAGUACCGCUAUGGCACCGACCGCACCGGCUUCACCUACAAAUACAGAGAUGAACUCAAGCGUCACUAUAACCUUGGGGAGUAUUGGAUUGAGGUGGAGAUGGAAGAUCUGGCUAGUUUUGAUGAGGACCUUGCAGACUAUCUAUAUAAGCAGCCCACAGAACACCUUCAGCUGCUGGAGGAGGCUGCCCAGGAGGUAGCAGAUGAGGUCACCCGUCCACGUCCUGCAGGUGAAGAAACUGUGCAAGAAAUCCAGGUCAUGCUGCGUUCUGAUGCCAAUUCUGCCAACAUUCGCAGUCUGAAGUCAGAGCAGAUGUCUCACCUUGUGAAGAUCCCUGGUAUUAUUAUUGCUGCUACAGCCGUGAGGGCCAAAGCCAUAAAGAUCUCAAUACAAUGCCGCAGCUGCAGAAACACCAUCAGCAACAUUCCUGUGCGGCCAGGCUUGGAGGGUUAUGCCAUGCCACGAAAGUGCAACACGGAGCAGGCAGGUCGACCAAAGUGUCCCCUAGAUCCAUACUACAUUAUACCUGACAAAUGUAAAUGUGUGGAUUUUCAGACACUAAAGCUUCAGGAGUCUCCAGAUGCUGUGCCACAUGGGGAGAUGCCCCGACAUAUGCAAUUGUACUGUGACAGGUAUCUCUGUGACAAGGUUGUUCCAGGAAAUAGAGUGACUAUUAUGGGUAUUUAUUCAAUUCGCAAAAGUGGAAAAACAUCCACCAAAGGCCGUGACAGAGUAGGAGUGGGUAUUCGAAGCUCCUAUAUCCGUGUUGUUGGAAUACAAGUAGAUACAGAAGGCACAGGAAGGAGUGCAGUAGGCGCUGUGACUCCACAAGAAGAGGAGGAAUUCAGGCGUCUUGCUUCCAAACCUGAUAUUUAUGAAACAAUUGCUAAAAGUAUUGCCCCAUCAAUUUAUGGCAGUAAUGACAUCAAAAAGGCUAUUGCAUGUCUGCUCUUUGGUGGAUCCCGUAAAAGGCUUCCUGAUGGAUUAACUCGUAGAGGAGACAUUAACCUGCUAAUGCUGGGAGACCCUGGUACUGCCAAGUCUCAGCUCCUGAAGUUUGUGGAGAGGUGCUCACCCAUCGGGGUCUACACAUCUGGUAAGGGUAGCAGUGCUGCUGGUUUGACGGCUUCAGUCAUGCGAGAUCCUAUAUCUCGUAACUUUAUUAUGGAGGGUGGUGCCAUGGUGUUGGCAGAUGGAGGAGUCGUUUGCAUUGAUGAAUUUGAUAAGAUGCGAGAGGAUGAUAGAGUGGCAAUCCAUGAGGCAAUGGAGCAGCAGACCAUUUCGAUAGCAAAAGCUGGCAUCACAACCACCCUGAACUCUCGCUGCUCAGUGCUUGCAGCUGCCAAUUCAGUGUACGGAAGAUGGGAUGACACCAAGGGGGAGGAGAAUAUUGACUUCAUGCCCACUAUUCUAUCAAGAUUUGACAUGAUCUUCAUUGUAAAGGAUGAACACAAUGAGCAGCGAGAUAUGAUCCUCGCCAAGCAUGUGAUGAAUGUACAUCUUAGUGCACGGACACAAACUCAGUCUGUAGAGGGGGAGGUGGACCUUAACACACUCAAGAAAUACAUUGCAUAUUGCAGAGUUAAAUGUGGACCCCGCCUUUCAGUGGAAGCAGCAGAGAAGCUUAAAAAUCGUUAUGUCCUCAUGCGUAGCGGUGCCCGAGAACAUGAGCGGGAGAGCGAGAAGAGAUCCAGUAUCCCUAUAACGGUCAGACAACUGGAAGCCGUUGUCCGGAUUUCAGAAUCUCUUAGCAAGAUGAAAUUACAGCCAUUUUCCACAGAAACAGAUAUAGAUGAGGCUCUGCGCUUGUUCCAAGUGUCUACUCUGGAUGCUGCCAUGUCAGGAAGUCUCUCUGGAGUGGAAGGAUUCACCACACAAGAAGAUCAAGAAAUGCUCUCUCGCAUUGAGAAGCAGAUGAAGAGGAGGUUUGCAAUUGGCUCCCAGGUUUCUGAACACAGCAUCAUCCAAGAUUUUCUUAAACAGAAAUACCCUGAACAUGCAAUUCACAAGGUCCUGCAUCUUAUGAUGAGACGUGGUGAGAUUCAGCAUCGCCUUCAGCGUAAAGUUCUAUUCCGCAUAAAAUAAGACAAGAAAUGCACGAGGACCCUGCACCAUGGAAUACUUACUGGACAGCUCUUCGGUGUAGCACUAUUGAAGUUGAGUACCUUCAUUCUAAAUGGACAUUGAUAGAUCCCUCAGCAGGAAUAUGUAUAUACGCUUAAAGCCAGCUGAAAAAUCUGUAGGUCGAAAUAUUUCUGUAUAUAAUUGACCCAUCGAAGGAGUAAGGUGACAAUGUUUGGAGUUAACGUUAGAUCAUUGAUAUCUUAUAAGUAAAAUGCUCCUGCUUCUAAAGUAUCUUAAAGGCUAGUUAUGCUUUAUAAUUCAUUUUAAGCCUAUGCAUAAGAUGUUACAUGAGCAGAAAAAAAUAAAUAAAAAUUUUUAUAUUCAGAUGACUUGGUAGGUGUU